UCCGGGGGGAGCGCGCUCUGGAGUGCAACCAGAGCUCAGCCACAGCUCCGGCCGCUCCCCUGCAGCGGGGGGGGGGGGGGAAGCCUCCGGCUCCGGUGGCCGCUGUUAGUACCUGGGAGUCACGUGGGCUCUUCCCUGGCUAGGCGAAGGGCGAAGUUAGGGCUGGAGGGCAGCUGCCGCAGAGGUGGGUUCCCCUCCCCAGAGACUGGGAUGAGCCCAAGCGAGCGAACGCCCCCGCCCGGCUCCGACCUUCCGGCGGCCCGACACCUUGCGUGGAGUUGAGGAACUAGUUUGGCAAGUCCUGAGCCGGCUUGGGAAGGGAGCGGAGCGCCGCGCCAUUGGAGGGCUGGGAGAGCCCGAGCCAACCCCAGGCGGCUGGUGCGCCUCUGCCCGGGCAGUGGGGCGAGCAUGCAGGGGUAGGGCGGGAAAGCGCUGCCGGAGGAGCCAGCGGGGCCGCCGGAGCCCGCGUUGCAGCGAGAGGUGAGGAAAGUGAAGUACAGAGGUGAAGUGACUUGUCAGUGGCAAUGCCAGGAAUAAUACCCAGGUUGCUCUAUUUCCUUGGCCACACUGCUUUGAAGUUUACAAUAUUGUUGUGUUUGCAGACUGCUGGCAGAAUGCAUUCAGACAGGGAUUCAGAGACAACCUUUGAUGAGGACUCUCAGCCGAAUGAUGAGGUAAUGCCCUACAGUGAUGAUGAAACAGAAGAUGAAUUGGAGAGUCCACCUGCAGUUGAACUAGAGCAAAACCGAAUCAACAGAGAGGCUGAGGAGAGCAGAGAACCAGUUAAGAAAGAUUGCAGCUGGCAAGUUAAGGCAAAUGAUCGAAACUUCCACCAACAACCCCAGUUUAAGAAAACAACAUUUCUAUGCUUCAAGAAAAGCAAAUAUGCCGGGAAUGCAAUUAAGACCUACAAAUACAAUGCAAUUACCUUUUUACCAUUGAAUUUGCUAGAACAAUUUAAAAGAGUGGCCAACUUCUAUUUCCUGGUUCUUCUUAUUUUACAGACAAUUCCUCAGAUAACGACUUUAUCAUGGUAUACAACGCUAGUGCCUUUGCUCUUGGUGCUUGGGAUAACUGCAGUCAAAGACCUAGUGGAUGACAUCGCUCGCCAUAGAAUGGAUAAUGAAAUUAAUAACCGGACAUGUGAUGUUAUGAGGGAUGGAAGGUUCAAAACUGCAAAAUGGAAAGAUAUUCAAGUUGGAGAUGUCAUUCGUCUGAAGAAAAAUGCCUUUGUUCCUGCUGAUAUUCUGCUGCUGUCCAGCUCGGAACCUAACAGCCUUUGUUAUGUAGAGACAGCUGAACUAGAUGGUGAAACUAACUUAAAGUUCAAAAUGUCACUUGAGAUAACAGACAGAUAUCUCCAAGAAGAAAGUGCAAUGGCAGAAUUUGAUGGUUUUAUUGAAUGCGAAGAACCCAAUAAUCGACUAGAUAAGUUUACAGGAACAUUAUUCUGGAGAAGCAGGACUUAUCCAUUGGACGCUGAUAAAAUUUUGUUGCGUGGCUGUAAAAUCAGGAAUACAGACUUCUGCCAUGGAGUGGUAAUAUUUGCAGGAGGAGACACAAAAAUAAUGAAAAACAGCGGAAAGACCAGAUUUAAAAGGACUAAAAUUGACUCUCUCAUGAACUAUAUGGUUUACACGAUCUUUGUUGUAUUGAUCCUCCUGUCAGCCGGCCUUGCUAUUGGACACACUUAUUGGGAGCAGCAGAUUGGCAAUAUUUCUUGGUACCUCUAUGAUGGUGAAGACUACAGCCCUCCAUACCGUGGCUUCCUUAAUUUUUGGGGCUACAUCAUUGUUCUUAACACCAUGGUUCCCAUUUCUCUCUAUGUGAGUGUUGAAGUGAUUCGUUUGGGCCAAAGCUAUUUUAUAAACUGGGAUCUGCAAAUGUAUUACCCUGAGAAGGAUACACCUGCUAAGGCCCGAACCACCACUCUGAAUGAACAGCUUGGACAAAUCCACUACAUCUUCUCUGAUAAGACAGGAACACUUACACAGAACAUCAUGGCAUUCAAAAAAUGCUGCAUAAAUGGACAAACAUAUGGCGAAGCUAGGGAUGGGUCUGGACAACUUCAAAACCAUGAAGAGCAAGUUGAUUUUAGCUGGAACAUAUAUGCUGAUGGGAAACUCACGUUUUGUGAUCAUUAUCUGAUAGAACAAAUUAGAUGUGGAAAGGAGCCUGAAGUUCGACAAUUCUUUUUUCUGCUUGCAAUUUGCCACACAGUAAUGGUGGAUGCUUCUGAUGGACAGCUCAACUAUCAAGCAGCCUCCCCAGAUGAAGGAGCCUUGGUAACAGCAGCGAGAAACUUUGGAUUUGUUUUUCUUUCACGAACACAAAAUACCAUUACUAUAAGUGAGAUGGGAAUUGAAAGAACUUAUGAUGUUCUUGCUAUCUUGGAUUUCAACAGUGAUAGAAAACGAAUGUCUGUUAUUGUAAGAGAACCAGAUGGAAAAAUUAGACUUUACUGUAAAGGAGCUGAUACAGUAAUUUAUGAACGUUUGCAUCCAGUGAAUCGUCAGAAACAGAUUACACAGGAAGCACUAGAUAUUUUUGCAAAUGAGACCUUGAGGACAUUAUGCCUCUGCUACAAGGACAUUAGUCAUGAUGAAUAUGAAACAUGGAAUAAAAAGUUCAUGGAAGCUAGUGUAGCUGCAAGUAACCGUGAUGAAGCCCUGGAUAACGUAUAUGAAGAAAUAGAAAAAAACCUUAUUCUCUUGGGUGCUACAGCUAUUGAAGACAAACUACAGGAUGGUGUUCCAGAAACGAUUUCCAAACUUGCCAAGGCGGACAUUAAAAUCUGGGUGCUUACUGGUGACAAAAAAGAAACUGCUGAAAACAUUGGAUUUUCUUGUGAACUUUUAACAGAUGAAACUACGAUCUGCUAUGGAGAGGAUAUCAGUGCUCUUCUUCAAACAAGGUUGGAAAACCAGAAUAACAAAGCUGGAUCAGAUAUAAACUCCUCUCAAAGAACGAAUGAGCCAUUCUUUCAAUCUGGUAGAAAUCGUGCUUUAAUAAUCACUGGUUCCUGGCUGAAUGAAAUCCUUUUAGAGAAGAAGAAGAAGAAGAAGAAACUUCUAAAACUGAAAUUUCCCAGAACAGCAGAAGAGAGAGAAAAGCAAAGUCAGAGUAAAAGGAGAGCUAAUGUUAACAAAGAACAGCAACAAAGAAACUUUGUAGACUUGGCAUGCGAGUGCAGUGCAGUGAUCUGCUGCCGCGUAACUCCCAAACAGAAGGCCAUGGUGGUGGAGCUGGUGAAGAAAUAUAAGAAAGCUAUAACUUUGGCUAUUGGCGAUGGUGCCAAUGAUGUAAACAUGAUCAAAACUGCUCAUAUUGGUGUUGGAAUUAGUGGACAAGAAGGCAUGCAAGCAGUCAUGUCGAGUGACUAUUCUUUUGGACAAUUCAGAUACCUGCAAAGAUUACUAUUAGUUCAUGGCCGAUGGUCCUAUAUAAGGAUGUGCAAGUUCCUACGAUAUUUCUUCUACAAAAACUUUGCAUUUACGCUAGUACACUUCUGGUACUCAUUCUUCAAUGGUUAUUCUGCCCAGACAGCUUAUGAAGACUGGUUUAUCACGCUUUACAAUGUGGUGUAUUCCAGUCUUCCAGUUCUUCUAGUUGGCUUGCUUGACCAGGAUGUGAGUGACAAACUUAGUCUUCGGUUCCCUGGUUUGUACAUAUCUGGACAGAAAGACUUGCUUUUUAACUACAAGAAAUUCUUUAUAAGCUUAAUACAUGGAAUUAUAACAUCACUGAUUAUUUUCUUCAUACCAUACGGAGCAUAUCUUCAAACCAUGGGGCAAGAUGGAGAGGCACCUUCAGACUACCAAUCAUUUGCUGUCACUGCAGCCUCUUCUCUCAUAAUUACAGUCAAUUUUCAGAUGGGUUUGGAUACCUCUUACUGGACUUUCGUUAAUGCUUUCUCUAUAUUUGGGAGUAUUGCACUUUACUUUGGUAUCAUGUUUGACCUUCACAGUGCUGGAAUACAUGUUCUCUUCCCAUCUAGCUUUCAGUUUACAGGGACUGCUCCAAAUGCUCUAAGACAGCCAUAUCUCUGGUUGACAAUACUUUUGUCAGUUGCAAUUUGUUUGCUGCCUGUUGUUGCACUACGAUUUUUGUCAAUGACAAUUUGGCCUUCAACAAGUGAUAAAAUUCAGAAGAACCGUAAGAAAUACAAGACUGAAGAACAGUGGAAGCGAAGGCAGAGCACUUUUCGUCGAGGGAUAUCAAGCCGUCGUUCUGCUUAUGCUUUCUCACAUCAACGGGGAUAUGCUGAUCUUAUUGCUUCUGGACGUAGCAUACGUAAAAAACGAGCACCUUUAGAUGCCGUGCUACGCCACAAGGUGGCCGAAGGUAGACAAGUUGGUGAGACCAGCUGAUGAUUGUCUAAGAUUUAAGUUCUAGAAGACAGGCUUUUUAGCAAAAUGAUUGCACAAACAAUGUUAGUUUUUUUUAUGGAAGACU